AAAGAAGCUAGGUAGGGCAUUUGAUUUUUCAGAAAGCAGCAAAGCAGUGUCUGAAUCUGAAAAAUACUGAUGGGGUUGCAACCGCUGAACAAGUUGAUGGCCUCCAUCGCCGCGCGCCGCCACUGCAUCCGCCACCUAUCAGCAACAGCCUCAUCGCCGGCGGUGUUCGUCGACAAGAGCACGCGCGUGAUCUGCCAGGGGAUCACAGGGAAGAACGGCACCUUCCACACGGAACAAGCCAUCGAAUACGGAACCAACAUGGUCGGUGGUGUCACCCCGAAGAAAGGUGGAACCGAACAUCUAGGCCUUCCCGUUUUCAACACCGUCGCUGAAGCCAAGGCUGAGACCAAGGCCAACGCCUCCGUCAUCUAUGUUCCUCCGCCUUUCGCCGCCAAAGCCAUCAUGGAGGCCUUGGAGGCUGAGUUGGAUCUCGUUGUUUGCAUCACUGAAGGCAUCCCUCAACAUGAUAUGGUGCGAGUUAAAGCAGCGAUUAACAGACAGUCGAAAACUCGUCUGAUAGGACCAAACUGCCCUGGUAUCAUCAAGCCUGGGGAAUGUAAAAUCGGAAUCAUGCCGGGUUACAUUCAUAAGCCUGGGCGCAUUGGAAUUGUUUCUCGUUCUGGUACUUUGACGUAUGAGGCGGUUUUCCAAACGUCUGCUGUUGGCCUUGGACAAUCCACUUGUGUGGGUAUCGGAGGAGAUCCCUUUAAUGGAACAAAUUUUGUUGAUUGCCUUAAGAAAUUCCUAUCAGAUCCUCAGACAGAAGGUAUCGUUCUUAUAGGAGAGAUAGGUGGAACUGCAGAGGAGGAUGCUGCUGCACUAAUUAAGGAAAGCGGGACUGAGAAGCCUAUUGUUGCAUUUAUUGCUGGAUUAACUGCUCCCCCUGGCCGCCGUAUGGGUCAUGCUGGAGCUAUUGUGUCGGGUGGCAAGGGUACUGCACAAGACAAAAUUAAAACCCUCAAGGAAGCUGGGGUCACAGUUGUGGAGUCCCCUGCUAAAAUUGGAACUGCCAUGCUAGAAGUUUUCAAGCAGAGAGGCUUGGUUCAACAAUAGUUUGGGUCCAUUUAAUUUCAUCAAAUCACUUUGGUUUUUUGAUUAGUCAAAACACUUGAUUUUCAUUGAUAACAAUGGGGGGUUCUUCUUUAAAUCUAUAACAGGCGCCUUGAAAUAAAAGUAUGUUAAGAUGCUUUAUAUUUCCGGAAAGUUUGAUACAGUUCCUUUGAGUUUAAGUUUUUGUGGCGCUGGUUUGUAACUACUUGAAACAACUUCAAAUUUCAUGUUUGCAAGGUUGGUCAGUUAGGAAAUCCUAUAUAUAUAUUGGUCCUUGAUUGUUCUGGGAA